AUGCCGUCUCAUUCUACUACUACAAAUAGUACCAUUAUCACCACUCCAGUUAACACUGCUCCAACUUCAGUAACUAUUACAACACCUACCCCGAUAGCAUAUACUGGUAGUAGCGCAUCAUCAACUACAAGUCAGGUGCCUACUUCGUCUUACGAGCCAUUCUUACCUCAAAGUGGAGGAAAUAUUAUGAGUAAUUGGUUUAAAGAUAUUGAAUUGUGGAUUAGUAUAGGGUCAUUGGUUAUUAUGUGGUUAUUUUGA